AUGGAGAAAUCUCCGGAUUUCCGAAUUCGAAAUAAAUCGUCUAAUUCGCGGUUUACAGCACAAGUAGGAAAAAAUAGGCAGCGUGUUAGGAAAUCGCAGUCAAUAGUUUCAGAUUGAAAAUCGCAAAUGGGAUCUAUUGAGACCGAAAAGCCAAGUGAAGUGACGAUGGAUUCGACAGAAAAUAAAGAUUUUAAAAUAUUAUUGGAAGAGAUAAGGGAAUUAGAUAGAAAACAAAGAAAUGUAAAAUAUAUUUAGCAUAUAGCUCAAGUCAGAGUUCAAAUCGGGAAGCAAAAAGAACUUAUCAACGAGAUGAUAAAUUCAAAUAUUUUUUAUUUAUAAAUUUAUCUAAAUUUCAAAUAAUUUUUUCUUUAUACUAACGAGUUAUAAAAAAUCUCAAAAGUGAAAACGAAGAAUUAAAACAGCGUAAUAGACGAAGGAGGAGAAUUAAUCCAAGGCAGCUAUUAAGGAUACUGCAAACCAAUAUAAUGCAGGAACAAUAUAGAGAUGAAGAAUAUGAACAAAUGCAACUAGAAAUGAUAAUAAAUCAAUCAUACGCUGCUGAGCAAGAGAUCUACAGCCAUCGCCAUAAUGAUGAAAUCCAAAAUACCCUUCCUUCAGAAGAAAUCGUAACUUCUACUCAGAAUAUCCCAAUCCCCAAUACCAACUCUGACCAUCUCUGCUCAAUUUGUAUCAGUCUAAUAAAAACCAAUACAAAUUCAAAAACCCUCGAAAAAUGCGGGCACAAAUUUCAUCCCGAAUGCAUUGACGGCUGAUUAAUCUCUAAUCCCCAUUGCCCAAUUUGCCACACAUCAAUUAAUUCAUAA